GACUGCUUCAUAAGAUUAUUAGUUUGUUGUUACAUUUAUUUUCUUUCAUUUCAUUCCGAAGAAUAGUCUUCCAACAACACAAUGGAAGAAUACGACGAGCAUUGUUGCAAGACUGAGUUUUGGGUAUUUUUAAGCAUAAGUUUGGCACUUGUUUCGUUUGCUGGUAUUACAUCUGGUCUCGCUCUAGGACUCUUGUCCUUCAGCCAUGUCGAUCUUGAGGUCCUCAUUAAGUCUGGUCAGCCCCAUGAUCGGAAGAAUGCAGCAAAGAUACUACCAAUUGUUAAGAAUGAGCAUUUACUUUUGUGUACCCUACUCGUGGGGAAAUCACUGGCGAUGGAGGCACUGCCCAUUUUCCUGGAUUCAAUAUUCCCGUCUUGGGCUGCCAUUCUUAUCUCAGUUAUCCUCGUACUUGCAUGUUCAGAGAUCAUCCCUCAAGCUGUCUGUUCCCGGUAUGGACUAAGUCUCGGCGCAAAACUAUCUACCUUUGUCCGGCUGCUUCUGUUGCUCUUCUUUCCCAUAUCAUAUCCAAUCAGUAAGCUCUUGGAUUGGCUCCUUGGGAAGGAGCAUUCUGCAAUCUAUAGACGAGCUGAGCUGAAGACAUUAGUCGAGUUGCAUGCGAAUAAGGCAGGGAAAGGUGGAGACUUGUCGCAUCAUGAAACUACCAUUAUUCAAGGUGCUUUAGAUUUAACACAGAAGACAGCUAUGGACGCUAUGACACCCAUCUCUGAAACCUUUUCUCUAGACCUAAACUCAAAAGUUGAUAUGCAUACAAUGGCUUUAAUAAUGAGCAAAGGUCACAGUCGUAUACCUAUCUACUCUGGAAGCCCGAAAAAUAUUAUUGGCCUCAUUCUGGUUAAGAAUUUGAUCUUCUGCCGCCCUGAAGAUGAAACUCCAAUCAAAUACUUGACUCUAAGGAGAAUACCUAGGGUAGGUGACAACUGGCCACUAUAUGAUAUACUAAAUGAGUUCCAGAAGGGUCACAGCCACAUGGCUGUUGUCAUCAAGAGUAGGAAGGAUGUCAUAGACUCGGAGAAUAGUGCAGUAGUCAAGCAUACCAUGAUUGAUAUUAACUCAAACAAAAUGCGUGCAGAGAGGAAAGGACUAUAUUCUCCACUUCACCGGAAAGAGUAUUCGAAUAUAUCUACAAAUUCAUCCCCUUUAUACUCAAGCGAUACAGAUCAUGAUCACACUUCAACACCGAUGAAUAUCAUGGAACAUGAAAGACAUUCAAAUUCAAAGCAUAAAAGAAGGGAACUAGGAAGUGAAAAUAUUUUAUAUGAGAAUUUAGAAUAUCUUCCAAGCAAUUCGGAUGAGGAGAUAAUUGGAAUCAUAACAAUGGAAGAUGUCAUGGAGGAACUACUACAGGAAGAUAUACUGGAUGAAACUGAUGAAUAUGUUGACGUCCACAAUAAAAUUAGAAUCAACCUGAGAUCUUCAAGAAGAUCAUCAUCUAGAUCUCCCCAAAGAUCUUCUGCUUCCCAUCUUAUCUGGAGAACCCCGGAGCCAUCUCCACUUUCUUCGUACACCCACUUACUUCGUUCACCCAUUUCCCCAUAUGUACAGCCUCCGCUUGUAAGACCAACACUAUAUGCUUCUCCUGGAAGAAUUUCUACACCAAACUCUCCAGCUGGAUCUGCUGGUUGUUUUAUCAGCUCACCUUCCCCACAUCGAGUCUCAAGAAAGUUAUAUGAGAAGCUAUUACGAAGUGGUGAUUCAUGAAGUCCCUAUAUAUACAAGAUGUCAACCAGAAUAAAUUGGAGAAGUUUGCACUUGCAGCAUCCAAAUUCCAAUGAAUCUCUCUCUCUCUCUCUCUCUAAUCAACUCUCUUUGCUUUAUCGGUUUGUGGGGUGCCGUAAAACUCAUUUGCCAUGUAUUGAAGUAUGAAAUAGUUCAUGCAUAUAUAUUGUUGCACAGUUGCUUAAGAAAAAUGGUGCUUGUAAACUACCUUCUAGUUGUGAUGUACGUCAUUAAAGAAACGCAUGCAGGUUCAGGGAAGAUGCUGGGAUUUUCUUGUACAUAUCUGUUCAUGUAUAUAUUCUGGAUGCUGCAUCAAAUCUUUUCAUUCUGAUCUA